UCCCUGUCCCUGUCCCCAUUGUGUCCCUGUCCCCGGCAGCUCCCCCUGCUGCCGCGCUGGCGCUGCGCUCCAUGGACGGCGUGUUCCUGUCGCCCAGCGAGGAUGAGUUCGUGGGCAGGAUCGCGGGGGAGCUGGAGCAUUUCCUGGAGCAGGGGCAGCACCAGCAGGUGCUGCUGUUCCCACCCCUGUCCAGCCGCCUCAGGUACCUGAUCCACCGCACCGUGGAGAACAUGGAAUUGCUGAGCAGCUUCUCGGUGGGAGAGGGCUGGAGGAGGAGGACGGUCAUUUGUCACUCAGCUGUCAGCUCGGGCUCAGGCAGGAUCACCAGGCCGCCCAGGAAGAGGCAGGACAAAGCUCUGUACGUGCCCAAAGGGACCCGGAAAAAGGCGAAUUGGAGGGAGAGGGAGACCCCCAGCGAGGGGGAUGCGGCUCCAGGGGGGGAAAACCCCAAAAAUUCCAUUGGCAAGGAUGGAGGGAAGCAGCAGCAGCAGCAGCAGGAGGAGGAGGAGGAGGAGGAGGAUGUGGCAGCAAAAGGCAGCUCUGAGCAUCCCCUGUGUGACGAGAAGGUGCCUCCCCCAGGGAAUAGCAACAAUUCCUGUGAGCAGGGAAAUCGGGAUGGAGACUGUUCCCACAAACUCCCGCCCCGAGAGGAGCAGGAGCCGAGCCACGGCAGCACCAUCACUGCUCAAAGCACGGGGCUCCAGCGCCAGGAAAAGCAGCCCAGCCAGAAUUCCAGAGGGCUGGAGCGCGGGGAAAGCUCCUCCCUUUUGGAAGAGCACAGCUGGACACAGCUGGAGGAGCAGAGCAGGAGCAAAUCCCCAGCUGCGGGUCCCAGCCGUGCCCAGAGCUCCUCCACGCUGGAAAACCCGCAGCAGGCGGGGCAAGAACCCCUGGGGAAUGUUCUGGAAGGGCCAGGUGAGGCUCAGGCUGAUGAUCCCGAGAGGAUCCAGGGCAGGAGGGAGGAAGAGGAGGACAAGGAAGACUCAGAUGUGGCCGAGGCGCUGAGCAGGAGCCUGGAUUUGGCUGCAGGGGACAGAGAGGGGACGAGGCAGAGCAGCCUGGAGGAUGACUGCACAGCAGAGCUGCUGGCAGAGAUCGUUGGGAAUCUGAGGGUGAAGGAGAUCAGCGUCGAGAGGAUCAGCCUGGAUUAUCCCAGCCCUGGGCAGGCCCAGCUCAGCGAGGGGGACCUGGGCCACGUCACCGAGAUCUACGACUUCCCCUCCUCCCUGAAAACCCAGGAGCUGAUGGAAAUGUUCCAGGAUUUCCAUUUUGGGGAUCCUUCCUGCUGUGCCCACCACGACUUCAGCUGCUUCAACCCAAACCUUGAGCAAAUGCUGGAAUUUCUGAGGCUUCUUGCACCAUCAUUUGAUUUUUUGGGGGGUUCAUUCCAACAAUUUCUGUUCCUUGCAGCUUCCCAAGCCCUGGGUCGUCGUUACCCCUGCCUGAAAAUCCGGCCCCUGAUCCACGCGAGCAAACAGUCCAAGAUCAAGGCACUGCAGAGACCAAAACUCCUUCAGCUGGGAAAGGAGAGGCCGCAGACGGACACAGCAGUGGCCAGGAGACUCGUGUCCCACGCCCUGGGCUGGAGGCACAGGCAGCAGGAGGCCACAGGGAAUGAAGAUUUCCAGCCAGAACCCUUGGAUCAGGAGGAAUAAUCCCAAAAAAACCCCAAAAAAAAACCCAAAAAAAGGCUGUAAAGAUGAGCAUGGCUGUGCUGUGAAGUGCAUGCAGAGCAGGGCAGUGCCACGGGGCUGCCCCUUCGUUGGGGGGGGGAAAAGUUGGGAAUGGGAAAAGUUUCUUCUUCUGGUUUUUCUGGGAAGUGCUGGAAUUCUUUGGAAGCACCUGCAGGGAUAAGGGGGUUUCUUUAUUCCUUAUUCCUGCUCUGUUUAAGAAAAAAAAAAAAAAAAAAAAAAA